CAUCGCUCCAUGGCCUUCUAUCUACUUACAGAGGCAUCCCCGUUGAUCACUCGCAAUUCAACUUGUGCGGCCAUGGGAAUAUCUCGUUGUUGUUGCAGCAAAUUGAUGAUACUGGUAAUGUUACGGUCGUUGUUGACUGGCAUGCUCUUACCCUUGAAAAAGCUCUGGCACUGGUGGUGGGUGUGCGACGUGUUCGAGAUUGGGCAAAUCUCCAGUGGGCGUGGAUUCGGCGUCUCGUGAAAAUCGUACUUCAUGUCUGAGGUAACGGGGUCAACCACAAACUCACUUCUUCGCACCAGCAUCUCUUCUUUUUGAUGUGGUGACUGGAUUGGAGAAAGUUUCUAGAUGAGUCACCACCAGACAAACCUGCAAAAGUGCUGUCUACUACCACUCAAGAUCUUCAUUGCUUCAACGUUAUCGUCCAGUUUCAUACAUCCGAUAGAUCUAUUUGACCCACCGCAAAGUCCAAUAUGCGCACGCAGACUAGAAGCAUUGCUCCGGGAGUCCACGUCAUCGCCUGGGCAGACCAUGAAGAAGAACACCUCGCCAGUUUGGCAGCGAUGAAGACCACAUCGGACUUGCAAGAGUCCUCUCACCCACCAUACGAAUCCCCUUUCAAUCGCAGUUUCGGCUAUCACUUCGAAUCGGACCUACAGACAAGACUCGUCGUCCGACGCGGCAACUAUCCAGAACAGCUCUUCGGAGAUGUGCGAAAACAUGUGCUCAGUAAGACACACGAUGUGUCUUUGAGCAACAUGUCCGACGACGAGAGACAGAACAUGCUAUCCCUCCAGCAAAUCCUCCUGGAAACCGGCAAGUAUUCACACGCAUAUAUCAGAGUGACGUUGAAGAGGAAGAAAGACCGGAAAGAGUUACAUGAGCUUCUGGUCAAGGCUGUUAAGCAGAUCAUGGGAAAGCAUGCGGUGGCGAUAAGAUACCAUACCACUUUUGGGAAUGAGGGAAAGUGAAGAUGGGUGGAUGCAAGAGAAGGAUACUCCGUAUGUAGAGGACACAUCAUGAUAUUCGAAACCUGUCUCAAAACCA